AUCCGCCUAUCAACAAAGACCACGUACUCUUUAUUAUCUUUAAUUACACAUAUAAUUCCAAUUCUUUAAUCAUUCUGCGACUUUCUCAUCCACAGAGUAUAAUCAUCAUCAUCAAAUCAUUUAACAGAAAGAUGGGAGAUUUACCAGAAACGUAUGUGGCCGGUUUCCACGAUGUAGAGGCGGUAAGAAAAAUGAAAUACACAAUGCUGGGCGAUACAGACAUUAGGGUUUCGAAGAUAUCCUUUGGGACAGCAGUGUUUUCGAAUUUAUAUAGCGGUUCCAAUGAGGAUCAAUGGAAGAAAACAUUGUGCGGUGCGUUAAAAAGUGGGGUCAAUUAUAUUGAUACUGCGCCUUGGUACGGACAAGGCAAAUCAGAGGAAACCCUGGGAAAACUUUUGGAGGGCGUACCAAGACAAGCUUAUUACAUUGCGACCAAAGUGGGCCGUUAUGAAAAAGACCCCAAAAAAAUGUUCGAUUUCAGCGCCAAAAAAGUCACCGAAGGAUUUGAAGAAUCUUUAAGGCUAUUAAAAUUGGAUUAUGUUGACAUAAUACAAAUCCAUGAUGUUGAGUUUGCCCCAAACAUGGAUAUAAUUUUGAAUGAGACCUUACCUGCUGUGCAAGCCAUCGUAAAAUCUGGGAAAGCUAAAUACUUGGGCAUUACCGGAUACGCGGUAUCCACUUUGGCGGACAUUUUGGCCAAAAGCAAAGUUAAAAUUGACACCAUUUUGUCCUACUCGAGAUUCACCGUUUUGGACCAAAGUUUAAAUUCCUAUCUGCCGAUAUUUAAGUCGCAAAAUAUAGGUAUUAUAAAUGCGGCAGUUAAUGCAAUGGGACUUUUAAGUAACUAUGGACCUCCGGAUUGGCAUCCAGCUACAGAAAGUUUAAAGAAAGCUUGUGCUGAAGCCAGAGAAUAUUGUAAAGAGAACAAUGUGGAAUUGGGUAAACUGGCAGUCUAUUAUAGUGUUAACCAGAAAGGGCCACACACUACAUUGGUUGGAAUGAACCAUAUAAGCAUUUUGAAAUCAAACUUGGACGUCCUCUACAACGGUUUGACAGAUAAUGAAAAACAAGUUUUUGAUUACCUCCAAAAUAAUAUAUUUGGCAAGCUUGAAAACAUUUGCAACUGGGAAGGCGUGGAACUUGCAUGGUACAGAGAAGAAUUAAAGAAGUAAAAUAUAUUAGCAUAAUUUUUAUAUCAGUUGUAAUUGAACAAGGAAAACAUUAAAUUUUAUUAUAUUUGAAUAACAUAAUAAAUAAACUUAUGUAAAUAACAGAUGAUUUAAUUUGUCGUUAAAAAAACUACACGUGUAU